UCCUCAAACAGAGAAUCGCUUGAUUCUUGAACAUGGCUGAUUUUGGUGAGAUCCUGAGGACCAUUGGAGACUUUGGAUUAUUCCAGAAGCUUAUACUAUUUGGACUAUGCUUCCCGAAUCUUAUCCUGCCUUUCCACCUGGCCAGUUUGAUUUUCAUCCAGUCAGACCCUGAGUGCCACUGUAACACUGACUGGAUCCUUAGAGCUGGUUCUAAUCUGAGCAGUGAGGAACAGCUGAAUCUGACCGUGCCCCGGGAGGAGGAUGGAGCCUUCAGUAGGUGUCUGAUGUUUACCCCUGUGGACUGGGACAUUGACACCAUCAGGGAGCAUGGACUCAAUCAGACCACUGAGUGCCAGAAUGGAUGGGUGUACAACAAGAUAAUGUACGAGGCCACCAUAGUCACUGAUUUUGAUCUUGUCUGUGGCAAAGCUAACGUUGUCGGACUUGCACAAACUGUGUUCAUGGCUGGCAUUCUUCUUGGUUCACUCUUGUUCGGACCUUUUGCUGAAUCAUUUGGUCGCCAACGAGCAACUCAGAUACCCAUGGUUAUUAUGCUAAUCUUUACUGUAACAACAGGCCUGUCUCCAAACUUUUAUUUGUAUCUGGCAUCCCAGUUUUUAGUAGGGAUCGCAUAUGGUGGAUUUCGAAUCAACGGCAUUGUAUUAGCAACUGAAUGGGUCGGAGUGACAAGACGUUCUUAUGCGUCUUGUUUGAGUCAGACGUUCGGUGGAGUUGGCCAGUGCAUCCUUGCUGGCAUGAUCUUCUUCAUCCGAGACUGGAGACUUGCGCAGUUUGUCAUGGCUGCACCAAUAGCAGUGGUCGCCGUAUAUAUAUGGUUUAUUCCUGAAUCAGCCAGAUGGUUAUUGGAUCAGGGGAAAUCAGAGGAAGCUAAGAAGUUGAUACUCAGGGUAGCAGCCAUCAACAAACGCACAGUUCCAGAUACUAUUCUGGAGAAGAUAGCUGAGGAGAAAGUUGUUCAGAAGGGAGGCGUACUCAUUCUCAUCAGAUCUCCUGUACUUAGGAAAUACUUCUUAACUAUUACUCUUGGAUGGUUCUCGUUAAACCUCUCCUACUACUGUUUGUCCUUCAACGUCGGGAACUUUGGCUUGGACAUCUUCUUGACACAGCUCAUGUUCGGACUCACAGAGAUACCAGGUCAUAUACUCUGCAUCUUUAUACUGGAAUAUUUGGGGAGGAAGAUAUCCUUAAUGUCCACCCUUCUGACUGGUGGUUUCACCUGCUUCCUAAUCCUGGCUGUUCCACAAGACAACGCCGUUGCUAUCACUGCUCUUGCAGCUGCUGGGAGGUUUUUCAUGAACAACGCUGGAUCCAUAUGCAACGUCUAUGUUCAGGAGCUGUUUCCCACCUCUGUUAGACAAACGGCCACAGGCUUAGGUUCAAUAGCAAUCAGAAUUGCUGGAAUGCUGUCUCCAAUGCUCAACAUAUUGGCCACGUACCAUUGGUCUAUCCCCACCAUCGUGUUCAGCAGCCUGUCAUUGGCUGGUGGGGCUCUGGUCGUCCUUCUUCCUGAGACCAGGAGGACAGAACUACCUGACUCUACAGAUGAGGCCGAGGGGAAGAGAAAUGUGACUACAACCACGAAGAAAAAAGUGGAUGUUUGCGACUGUGAAAAAUCGACUAAACUAUAAAGUGAUUUUUAUGUAAGUCUUUUUCUGGGUACAUUUCUUUUCAAGGCUUAGUUAGUAAGACAGUUGGCUGGUGCAGGUGCUUGUAACACCAAGGCUGUGAAUUAAAUUCCUGGAUGGGCCACAUACCUGCUGUUUUUAACUUUGGCUUAUAGAAUCUAUAGAAUUAAUCUACUAUAUUUGUAACUCUUAUUAACCGCUAAGUUGAUCAAAAACGUAUGAUAAAAGUGUCAACUAAAUGAAGAUAUUAUUAUUAUAUUUGAAUUUAAAUACAUUUGCAGUGUAUCAAGGAAUCGAAUAAUAUAUACACCGUUACUCACGUUUGUAUAAAAAACGGUGACUGCCUCCCAUGUUACCCAAUGAAUCUGUAAAUGUUGUUAUGAAACCACCUAGCUAGCCUACUGCUACCUCUCCACUCCCAGUGUCCAGGGGUCCUGUAGGCCUGGCUAAAUCAUCUGUAUCCUGAUUGAAUGUGUGCAUUUAUGUGAAAAAUAAGAGUUUGCAGAUCAGUUGUUGAAUAGUGAAGAAGAGAAGACAGCAAACUCUGGAUCCAGAGCCAGCUCCUGCUUGACUGCUUGGUCGGCCAUCCCAAGUAGUUUAGUUAUGUUGACAAUGGUUGGUGACAAAAAUAAACAUACAGUACCAG